CCUAAUUGCGCAAGAUUAAGAAAAGUCACAAAACCGAAAUUUGAACAUCCUAAUCCUACGAAAAUGCACGAAAAGAAAAAAAUUGCAACUUGCGAUUUUAAUGAUAACAGAGUGCAGGAAAAGAUAAUCAAUCAAUCAAUCAAUCAAUCAAUUAAUCAAUCAAUCAAUCAAUCAAUCAAUCAAUUAAUGGUGAGUCAUCCAAUACUGGUCUGCUCCGAUCCAGUACCGGGAGGAUGCGCUGCCAUAGCGACUUGUGCGAGGUGGUCUGCAGUGAGCCCGAGGACAAAGUGGGCGAGAAGGAAAUUAGCCAUAGCGAUAGGGUAGCAGCGGCCAUAGCCGCCAUAGCUGUAGGUAAUGGACUGAAGAGACCACGAGAAGAAGCCGAUGGGGAGGUGAUGCCAGGUGCGGAAGAAGAUGGAGCUACGGUGGACGCUCUCUGGCAGCAAAUAGACGAGAACUACCACUUGUUUGUGCCAUACCGAAAUAAGUCUGUUGACCGAUGGCAGAGGAAGGUGCAGCUGUCAGCAGGAGGUGCUGCUGUGCGGGGACGUCUGAGGGCGCUCAAUCAGCAGAGGAUAGCUGAUGCAGAAGGAAUGAAAAGCAUUUCAAGAGACGAAGCUGGCCAAAGGCCAGACGGUGUUGUGAACGAAAGUGCUUUGCAGGAGAAUGCAGUUGAGAUGGGAGUUGAGGAAGCUGGUGAUCCGGAGACGUUUGAUGAUGGUGAAUUCUUCCAACAGCUGUUGAGGGAAUUCUUGGAAACUGGGAAGCCAAGCGGUGGAGGAAGCCUAAGCGGCUAUGCGCUGAAGAAACUCAAUAAGCAGAAGAAGUUGGUUGAUAGGAGGGCUUCCAAGGGGCGAAAAAUACGAAAUCGAGUGUUCGCUUCUGCUUCUGAGGGUCUUCGCACGGGUAUACAACAGGGCUGUGGGGCGGUCCAGUAACCAUGUACGAAUCACGAAAUUGCAGUCGCCAACCCCGACCAUUGGAUCAGAAUCUCAGUGGCAAGAGCCUGUAACAAAACUAAACAACGCGC